AUGUCGGAUACACCAUCAUCCUCGUCACCGAACCAGUCCUCGACUCUGACAAUUUACCACAGUGACAUAAUAAAGGACCGUAAAAGCCUCUUCACUGGUCACGCGACACGUGUAAUUUCGAAACAAGAAGCUCUCUCUUUUCACAAGAAAAUAAAAUCAUCCGAUAAGGGUGCUACGCACAACAUACUCGCAUACCGAGUUGUCAACACGGAUGGAUCUGUUUUGGAAGAUUGUGACGAUGAUGGGGAACAAUUCGCUGGGAACAAACUGUUAACUUUUAUAAGAAACCUGGACGUGAAGAAUGCAGCAGUUGUAGUAUCGAGAUGGUUUGGCGGAAUAUUAUUAGGUCCUGUACGGUUUGAGCAUAUUACCACGUCUGCCAAGAAUGCGUUAGAGAAGGGUGGUUUGAUUGACGAUAGAAACACCGCAGGAAAUGGAAGAGAAUUGGGAAAGAGAGUGGCCAGUUCGAAUGCAAUUGUUGUUAAUGGAUGUCAGAGAGGUAACCCUCUGCUUCAACAUAUCCGUAACGUACCAUGGGAAUACGGCGAGAUAGUCCCUGACUACGUUCUAGGUGCGACAACGUGCGCUCUUUUUCUCAGUCUCCGCUAUCAUCGCCUCCAUCCCGAAUACGUUUAUACACGCAUCCAAAAGCUCGCCCAUCAGUUUCAACUCCGCAUAUUACUUGUUCUUGUCGAUAUCGAUAAUCAUCAAGAAGCCAUUCGCGAACUUACAAAGACGUGUAUAACAAACAACUUUGCUAUGAUGCUAGCCUGGAGUCAAGAAGAAGCUGGAAGAUAUCUGGAGACGUAUAAAGCGUUUGAGCAUAAACCGCCAGAUCUGAUUAUGGAGAGAGUGGAGAAUGACUAUUUUGCAAAGUUGACACAUUGCUUGACUCAGGUGAGAUCUGUGAACAAGACCGACGUUGUUACUUUGGUAUCUACGUUCGGUUCGUUGAAGCGAAUUAUGGCUGCAUCCGAAGAGGAUGUUGCACAGUGUCCUGGAUUUGGCGAGUACAAGGUGAAAAGAUUGACAGAGGUCUUCAAUCAGCCUUUUCUUUCACAUAAAAGCAAACGAAAGAAAGAUUCAGAUAACAAUUUAUUACUUGAAAUGUCAACUUAUCUUAUUCAAUUUGCUCAAUCCCAUGAGGAAUUCCGUAUCCCGGAACUCGAGUCUCUGGCCAAAAUAGAGAACAUUGCGCUUUCAUAUGACGUGAAUACAUAUAAAAAGAAUUGUCCUUUUCUUAUUGUCAAAACCGAAACUGAAGAACAAGCAGCGCGUCUUGUCAAACGGGCUAUAUUGAUCAAAAAUAUCUUUGAGCUUUGGGGAUCCGGUUCCACAUAUGAAGAAGUUCAUUCUCAAGUGAAAGCUCAUCCCGAACAAUGGCCCACAUACGAAUGGAAUUCCUUUAAAUUCAUUGUCUCGGCAUUUGGAUCUACAUGUUCGGCCAACUAUCAAUUGGAUAUUAUCGACUCUUUUGCUUAUUUAGGAUUCAAAGGUCCAAUAGAUCUGAACAGUCCUGAGAUCCAGUUUGGUGUUUUAGAAGAUUAUGGUAUGGAUCCACAUGCUCCUUUACCGCCUUCAAUACCACGUUAUAUAUAUUUUGGAAGAUUGAUUGGAUCAGGAAAUCGUGAACUUAUCCAAAAGUUCAAUGUGAAAAAGAGAAAAUAUAUUGGAAAUACUACCAUGGAUGCUGAGUUAUCUUUAAUCAUGGCAAACCAGGCGUUGGCAGCUCCUAAUAAACUAAUAUAUGACCCAUUUGUGGGUACUGGUAGCUUUUUAGUCACAUGUGCACAUUUUGGUGCUCUGACUCUCGGAUCUGAUAUUGAUGGACGACAAAUACGCGGUCAAAAAAAUAGAUCUAUUCAAUCUAAUAUCGAGCAAUAUCGGGUGGAAGGAAGAGUCCUUGAUACAUUGGUGUUUGACAUUUGUCAUCAUCCAUUUAGAGAGGAACCGUGGUUUGACGCCAUCGUGACUGAUCCUCCAUAUGGUGUAAGAGCUGGCGCAAAGACUCUAGGUAGGAAGGAUCCGACAAAGAAACCGACAAGGCUGCUCGAAGGAAGUUCUCCGAUGGUAGACGACGAUUAUGUUCCACCAAAGAAGCCAUAUGAAAUGUCACAAGUUCUUACCGAUCUCAUAGAGUUUGCUGCAAAAUUCUUAGUUAUCGGUGGUCGGCUAGUAUAUUGGCUGCCAACCAUAGUAGACGAAUAUUCAGACUCGGACGUUCCAUCUCACCCGUGUCUGAGGCUGAUCUCGAACAGUGAGCAAAACUUUGGGUCAUGGAGUCGCAGAUUGAUAACCAUGGAAAAGUUCAAGGAUAACGUAUCGGGGGAGUAUGCUGUUGUUAAUGCUCAAUCCUUGGAUAGUUUAACUGCUGUCAUGAAUGAUCAAAAGAAGGGCAAACCAGAUGGUAAUAGUGACACGAGAAAACCUGGCCAUUAUCUAUUUCGCGAGCAGUAUUUCACUACAAAAUCUGGAAGGAAAAAGAAGGAAUCAUCGCGGACCAGACAUAAGGAGGUUCAUAAUACAGAGAAGCCAACAGCAAAUGUUGAACCAAUCACGGCUGAUAAAAAUAUAUAA